AUGAAAUAUUCUGGCACUUUCUUGUUAAAAUUUAAAAGCUACCAAUGUUUGAACAAUGAUAUCUGGCAGAGAAUUGGUUAUCUUGGUAUCCGAAAGAAAUAUAGAGGGGAAAGAUCUGGAAAGAACAAACAUCGUAUAGCAGUGAGAAUUACGUCUCGAAAUACUAGACUUCUUGAUCAUGGGAAUCGUCGCUUUCACAAUCCUUCAAACUGUGUAAUACCAAAAUUAUUAAAUUGUGAUAAGACUUAUGAUUUACCAAACUUUCUGGUGUUAAAUGCCCGAUCUAUUGCGGGAAAAGUUGACGAACUUCGUUGGGUUGAUGACCAAUAUGAAUUUCAAGUCAUAUGCAUUACUGAAACGUGGCUGUGUGAAGAAAUUCCUAACGAAAUAAUUGGUCUAAGUGAUUAUGACAUUAUCCGAUGCGACAGAACUGGGAAAAAAGGAGAUGGAGUUGCUGUUUAUGUUCACCGAAAUCUGCCAUAUCGAAUUCGACGUGAUUUAUCAUCUAGUAAAUUUGAAUGUUUUUGGCUAACUAUUCAGCCGAGGAGUCUUCCUAGACAAUCUCACGAUUCGUUGUUGCGUAUAUUUAUUUACCUCCUAGCCUUAGCCAAGACGAAAUUGAAUUGGCUUAUGAUUAUCUGGCUUCAUCCUAUGAUAAACUCACAACAGAGAGUCCUGAUUCUGGAUUUGUUAUUACUGGUGAUUUUAACCCUAAAAGUAACAGAUUUGACUGUAAGACCCUCUGUUCACAGUGUAAUUUGAAGCAAAUAGUUCAAUCACCAACUAGAAAUGAUGCUAUUCUAGAUCUGAUUUUUCAAUAUAAAAGAUUUGCAUGAUACUCCUAUAACCUCGGCCUCCUUGGGAGCAAGUGGUCACGCAUGCUUAAAAUGGAGAACAAAAGACAAAGAUCAAGGCAUUAAGCCCAUAAAAAGAAAAGUUAAAGUGCGUCCGGUAAGACCAUUUAGACUUAUUGAAUUUAGACACUGGCUUUCUGAUUAUGAUUGGUUUAGAGUAUAUUCUAUAGCAACACUGAACGAAAAAGUUGAAAAUUUUGCACGCUCGUUGGGAGAGGCUAUUGAUUGGUUUUUUCCAACGAAAAUAGUAAACGAGUUUGUAACGACAAACCAUUUAUGAAUGGCCGAAUAAAACACCUGAUAUACAAAAGAGAUCAAGCGUAUGUGAAAAGGAACCUGGAAUCUAAUACGAACUUGCGUAAUCUAGUGGCUCGUGAGAUAAAAAAAGGGAAAGCAAAUUUCUAUGAGACGAAAGUUAAGCCAAACGCCCAGAAUGCCAAACUUUGGUGGAAAAGUGUUAAGUCUGAUCACUGUGCAAUCUAACUAAUAGUUCUGGGUUUACAUUAAUCAAUAAAGACACGAAUGAACCGCUCACUAAAUCUCAAAUGGCCAAAGAAAUUAACACCUUUUUUCUGAUUUAACUUCAAAAUACCCUCCUGUCAUGCAAGAAUAGUUUUCGUGUGGUAAUAAUACUCCUCUGCCUUUAGUAUCUGUUGAUUCUGUGAUCUCGCGCCUAAGAAUAAUUAAGCAUAGUAAAGCUGCUUUGAAAAUUUUGAAAGAAGCUGCUGACUUAAUUGGACCAAUUUUAUGUGACAUAAUCCACCAUUCGUUCUGCAGUAAAGAAUUCCCAGCUAAUUGGAAGAUAUACGAUAUAUGUCCCAUCCCAAAGAUAAUACCCCUUCCAUCUGUUGAAGAUUUAAGACCGAUAGCUUUAACAAGUAUCCUUUCUAAGAUACAAGAAUCGUUCGCUGUUGAGUGGAUGACUCAGGACGUUUUACCUAAUGUUACUCCAUCUCAAUAUGGAGGCUUGGCAGGUUCAUCGACAACUCUAGCACUGCUUAAUCUAUUACAUAAUUGGUAUCAAGCACUCGAUCAACCCCACACUAGAAUAAGAGUACUUUUCUUAGAUUUCGCGAAAGCGUUCGAUUUAAUCAAUCACAAUAAACUUCUUCACGAUAUGCAGAGAAUGGGUGUCCGAGAAGCACUCAUUCCAUGGAUUGCCUCGUACCUAAAGGGCCGGGAAGAAAGUAAAUGA